UUUCCGCGCCGGCGCCGUCAACGCCGGGCACCUAGCGGACGUACCUGGGCGGGCCAGCGGGUCACCCGCAAGGGCGACGGAGGGGGGAGCGGGGACUGCGGCGGAGGUGGGCACGGGCCCGCGGGCUGAGUCCCGGACCCUGUAGCGCGGGGCGGGCGGUGGACGCAAGUGGACACGUUGCCGGCUCCUCACCGUGCGGACUUUGGGUUGCGCCCCCGCGAGCGGUGGACCCAUUGGUCGCGGUGAUUCGACCUGGCGGUGUGUCCCUGCGGUGAAGGAGUCGCUCGGAGCUUGCUUCAGUGACUUUCAUGCCUGAACUUCCUGUACGGGUGCUACUCAAGUUCUGGUCUUGAAAAUGGGUCCUACAGGACGCCUUGUCACCAUCAAAAGGAGCGGGGUCGACGGCCCCCACUUUCCACUGAGCCUCAGCACCUGCUUGUUCGGGAGGGGUAUCGAGUGUGACAUUCGCAUCCAGCUUCCUGUGGUGUCGAAGCAGCACUGCAAAAUCGAGAUCAGCGGGCAGAAGGCAACGUUGUUUAAUUUCAGUGCCACGAAUCCAACACAGGUGAACGGAUCCGUUAUUGACGAGCCCGUGCAGCUGAAGCACGGAGACAUGAUAACUAUCGUCGAUCGUUCCUUCAGGUAUGAGAAUGAAAGCCAGACGACUGAGUUUCCAGGACAGAGACGUGAACAGGUGUCUCCGCAUCAGGGCCCGAGGUCUGACUUCUCUUCUGACCCUGACGGGAACGUUCAAGAUCCCAACACCCGUUCAGAAGUCACUGAGGAAGGUGUCUCAGGCCCUGUGCACGCAGAGGGUGUCGGCGCUGCCCAUGGCAUUCCUCGUGCCUCGGGUGAGCCCGGUGCCAGGAAAACACCUGACGUUCCUUCCUCAGCACUUCCUGGAGAUGACGGCAAAAACGCAGCGGGUCCCACUGCCAGCGAGUUUAGAGAAGAUUCCAGUGUAACCUCAGUGAGCGGGAGUGGAGAACUGACUUGUCCUUCUACGCGGUGUCUCGAGAAGUGUGGAGAAAAUGAGUCUCCCUUUAGGAAGCUUUAUGAGUCUCUGAAGGAAGAGUUAGACGUGAAGUCAGAAAAGGAAAAUGUUCUACAGAAUCGUAGAAGGUCAGGGUCACGGAGUCACCGCACGACAGACAACGGAAGUGCUGUUGGCUCCCAGGGCGCGGCACAGCUGUGGGUCUCCCCAAAGCCUGGGCGGAGGUCGGGCCCGCGCUCCCAAAGUGAGGUGGGGUCUGCCUCCGGGGAUCGGGGCCGCGGCCGGACAGAGGCCAGGAGAACGGACGUGGGGCCCGCUCAGACGCCCAGGGACGCCGUGGGUCCCCGUGUCGCCCCCAGGGAGCUGACCAAGAGUGAGAGCCCGGCACCGUGCCUGCAGCAAAACUCCUCGCGACCUGGGCCGGGCGGAGACCGGAGCCGCGGGGGUGACUCCGUGAGCCUGAGUCCCCAUGUCAGCCUCGGGGCGGGCGGCGGACUGUCUGCUCCCGAGAGGAUCUUAACUAGGACCCAGACCCAGACCGCCACUCGAGACGACGGUGCCGAUAAGUCGAGAAAUACACCAGAAAAAGCCUCGUCCAAAAAGCGGCGGAGCAGCGUCCCUGCAGACGCGGACAUGCUCGCCGUGGACGCGGAAACUCAGGCUCCAGCCCCGCUCAGCCCGCUGCGCGCUCAAGCGGAGAGGAAGGUUCCAGACAGUCCCCUGAGCACGCCCGAGCCGCUGGACGUCAGCAACUCCGCCGAGGACGUCAAUAAGAUGGAGGGGGUGCCCUCCAAGAGAAGGCGGGUCUCCUUCGGUGGUCAUCUGAGACCAGAAUUAUUUGAUGAAAACCUACCUCCCAAUACACCCCUCAAAAGAGGAGAAACGCCAACGAAGAGGAGGUCCCUGGGAACCCACACACCAGCCGUCCUGAAGAAGAUCAUCAAGGAGCAGCCUCCGCCCUCGGGGAAGGAUGACGCAUCGGAGAUCCGCUUGGGGACACCUGCACAGAACGCGCUUCCCAGCCUGCCGGCCCGGACUCCCACGGGCCCCGCGGCUGCGCACACGCACGGCGCGCGCCCGCUGCCCUCCGGGCCACCGUGUGCACAGGGGACAGACCUUCCGCGGAGCGGGGGCCGGCGGAGCAGCGGCAGGCCCCCCAGGCCGUCCAUGGGGCGCAGCCAGCUGGAGCUCCUGCAGGCCAUUCACUCCAAGAGGCGGAGCGGCGCCUCCGAGGCCAACCUAAUCGUGGCGAAAUCGUGGGCGGACGUCGUGAGGCUCAGCGCCAAACAAGCGCAAACCAAAGUCGCCAAACGCAGCGCCCAAAGGCCCCCGAGCAAACGGCAACGGAGAAGCAAUAUGCCGAAGGUGUGCACGAAGCCCGUGGGCAGCGUCCACCAUCCGUCCAGCACCGGCCACGCAAACUCGCCGUGUACUAUAGUCAUAGGGAAAGCUCACCUGGAGAAGGUAAACGCGCCCGCCCGGCCCUGCAGAAUGCUGAACAGCUUCAUAUUCAGCAGAAAAGCCGACUUUAAUGAAGAUCUUUCAGGGCUAACCGAAAUGUUCAAGACGCCAGCGAAAGAGAAGGUGCAAAUGACGAGCAUAUGUCCCACCACCUUUUCAAAUUCAGAGGAUUUGCUCAGAAAAAUGUUUGCAGUCCCUAGUUCAGAAGAAGAAACACUGCUACGCACCACAAAAAAUACAGGAGAGGCGGUGUCCCCCAGCACUCGGAAUGCACCAGAAGAGCCAUCGGAGGAAACCUCUACAAACUCGGCCUUCAGACGACAGCGCUUUAUAGUAAAUGGAGAGAUGGGCCGCGCACCGCCGGAGGCGGAGCCUCUGCGGCCGGCAUCCAGCGCAGACAAGCUCAGAAGGUCCGCGGAGCUCGGAAACGCACGGACGCCAGGUGCGGAGGGCGAGCACGGAGUCACGGAAGCCAGCGCUGUGGAGGACACCUGGGGAGGACGUCUGGGGAGGACGCCAUCGAGAGAGCAGAAGCCGGAGGCAGAGCUGAAGGAAAGUGCGAGAUCCUUCGAAACAUGUAGGAAAAGCAACAGAUCGGAGGAAAAUUCCGAAAAGGCAGCAGCCGCCAGGAGAUCCAGGGCUUCGGAGCUGAGGCGGGCGCUGAGACCGGAAGACCCGGUCGCCCUCGGGAGACCGCACGACACAGACCCCGCAGGAGCCCGGGGCAGCCACGGGCCUCUCCGGAUCCCGGGUCAUGCCAGGGAACCAGGGGACACAGAGAGCAGAACCACAACGGUGGGCUCUCAACCUCCGGAACCAGAACCAUUCAGAACGCCAGCCCAGGGGAACGUGCAGGUCAAGACGCCGUCCCAGAAGGUGAGCGUGGAAGUGCUGUCGGCACAGAGGAAGCGCCCGCAUACCCCAGGGGAGUCCACGAACACGCCCGGAGAACCGGAAGGUGAUGAGAAAGAUGUCACAGCAUGUGAGGACACUCCAGAGCAGAAACGGAACCCUGCAGAACAUGCAGCUGGGAGCAGGAGAAGACCCAGAACACCCAAGAGAAAGGUCCAAGCCUUGGAAGACCUGGCCGGCUUCAGAGAGCUCCUCCAAACACCAGACCACACCGUAGACGCAAUGACUGAUGUCAAAACGAAAACACCCUGCAGAUCUCCACAAGCAGAACCAGUCACUAUGCCAACAGGUAGAAAGAGCCGUGCCGUGACAUCUCUUGGGAAAGUGGAAAUGGAUGAAGAUAUCUCAGCACUGAGAAAUCCCACGCCAACACCAGGGGAGACCACACGCUCACACGGAGAAGCGGGAGGUGAUGAUAAAGACAUCAGUCAUUUAAAGCAAACUCCAGAACAAAAAGUGGAUCCUGCAGAAAAUGCAGCCGGAAGCAAGAGGAGGCCAAGAACGCCCAAGAGGAAGGAGCAACCCCUGGGAGACCUGGCCGGCUUCACAGAGCUCCUCCAAACACCAGACCCCACACUGGAACCAGCGACUGAUGACAAGACCAACAACAUACCCUGCAGAUCUCCACAAGUGGACCCAGUCAUCACGUCCACCGUUAUGACCAGAGGUCUCAAGACACUUCUCCAGAAAGUGGACGUGGAGGAAGCACUGUUGGCACUCAGGAAGUCCCCACGGGCCCCAGGGGGGACCACAUGCUCACCCAGAGAACCAGCAGGUGACGAGAAAGUCAUCGAGUUGUUUCAGGCAACUCCAGAACUGAAACCGGACCCUGCAGAAAAUGCAGCUGGGAGCAGGAGAAGACCAAGGACACCCAAGAGAAAGGUCCAGCACCUGGAAGACCUGGCCGGCUUCAGAGAGCUCUUCCAAACACCGGACCGCACCCUGGAACCGGUGACUGAUGACAAAACCAAAACACCCUGCAAAUCUCCACAAGCAGAACCACUCAUCACAUCUACUGUUAGGACCAGAGGUCUCAAGACACUUCUCCAGAAAGUGGACGUGGAGGAAGCCCUGUCGGCACUCAGGAAGUCCCCACGGGCCCCAGGGGGGACCACAUGCUCACCCAGAGAACCAGCAGGUGAUGAAAAGAUCACCAAAGCUUUUAAGGCAACUCCAAAACAGAAACUGGAGCUCACAGAAAAUGUAACUGGGAGUCGGAGGAGGCCAAGAACUCCCAAGGGAAAGGUCCAACCCCUGGAGGACCUGGCCGGCAUCGAAGAGCUUUUCCGAACACCGGACCACACAGUGGCACCAGUGACUGACGACAAAACCCAAAUACUCUGCAGAUCUCCACGAGGAGAACCAGUCAACACAUCGACAAGUAGGAAAAGCCAUCGGAAGACGCCCCUGGAGAAAGGGGACAUAGAGGAAGAGCCGUUGGCACCGAGGAAGCCCACGCCAACACCAGGGGGAACCACACACUUGCCCAGAGAGCCAGGUGAUGAUAAAGGCAUCAGAGCAUUUAAGGCAACACCAGAACAGAAACUGGAGCUUACAGAAAUUGUAAUUGGAAGUAGGAGGAGGCCAAGAACUCCCCAGGGAAAGGCCCCAGCCCCGGAGGACCUGGCCGGCAUCGAAGAGCUUUUCCGAACACCGGACCACACAGUGGCACCAGUGACUGAUGACAAAGCCCAAAUACCCUGCAAAUCUCCACAGGCAGAACCAGCAGGUAGAAAGAAACGUCCAGGGAAAGUGGACAUAGAAGUUGAGCCAUCGGCACUCAAGAAGCCCACACGGACGUCAAGGAAAACCACGAGCUCACACCGAGAACCAAAGGGCGAUGAUGAAGACAUCAAAUUGUUUAAGAAAACUUCAGAACAGAAGGCGGGCUCUGCAGAAAAUGUAACUAGGAGCAAGAGGAGGCCAAGAGCACCUAAGGAAAUGGCCCGGGCCGUGGGAGCCCUGGCCGGCCUCGUAGGACCCUUCCAAACCUCAGAUCACACGGAUGGCCCGGGGACUGACGAUCGAGCCGCGAAGACGCUUCGCCAGUCCUCACGGCCAGAACUAGGCAUCCGUGCAGCAAGCAAGAAGAGACAGGGCAAGGCGCCCACCAGGGAGGAGGACGUGGAGGAGGAGGAGCCAGCGGCCCCCAGGAAGUCCACACGGACGUCAGGGAAAACCACGCGCUCACACAGGGCAGCAGUCGGCGGAAAUAAAAAAGCCAGCGUGAGUCAGGAGACUGUGGCGCAGAGGCUGGGCCCCGCGGGAAAUGCAGUGGGCAGCAGACGUCGACUACGGACACGGACGGAGCAGCCUCCACCCCCGGAGGACCGGCCCGGCUGCCAAGAGCUCAUCGCGGCCCCAGGUCAGGACGAGGCACCGGGCAGCGACGCCGAGAGCGCCCGGAGGGAUCCGGCUCCGACUCGGGACAAAAGAAAACCUGCGAGAACAUCCAGAAGAGUCCCCAGGGCCCUCAGCGUAGAGGCCACGGAAGACCCUGCAAGGUCACCGAACGGGAGCGUCUCCCGGUCCCCCACGAGGGAACGCGGGAAAGACGAGAACUUGGCCGGAGCGAAGAGGCUGCGCACAAGAACUUGCCCACCGGACGCUGCAGAGGACCCGCCUCUGCAGAAGCGGCAGCGGACGGCUCCCAGAGACAGGCGCCCACCGCCCGGACCCGCGGUCACGGACAGGAGGAGUCAGAGGCUUUCGGCAGAAAGGACCGACCUGCCCAGCAGCACCGUGAGCAUCAAGAACAAGCGACAGAAGGCGGAAGUCAUGGCCCCUCCGGAGAAGGCCAUGUCCCUGCGCUCCAGACGCCCAAAUAAAACCAGCGGAGUAGAGCAAGGACCCGGGUUCACGUCAGCAGAAAAGGCUCCGACGAGGCGCAAUGUAAAGAAGACCCCGAACACCUCCCAAGAGAUGAAGCUUCGGAAUCUGGAAGACGGAGCCGAGGACCCUGCCCCGGGGGGCCAGGCCCAGGGAGGGGGAGCACGCCCGCGACCCGGAAGACAGCGGAGGGUGCCCGCCGGGGCCGCGGGGGAAGCAGGGGACAGCAGAGCGGGCGUCCACGGGGACGCUCGGGAAGAGAAGGAAGGAGCCAAACGUUCGGGCCGCGGGUGUCUGCGACCCCGAAAGGUUGCUGCCCCCCCUGCGGGGGACACUCUGGAGAAUGAACCCAAACAGAGAGUAACCCGGAGUGCCAAGCGAUCUGCCGAAAGUCUAACAAAGGAGAACGACAAUGUGUGCGUCAGGAAAAUGAGAACCAGAAGCCAUCGGGACAAUGAAGAUAUUUAGCUAAGUUCAAGAGGGAAAAAAGGUAGUAAAUUUAAUUUAGCGAUAAGCUCAAGUACAAUGUUUGCUGUAAAUUUAAAAAGGACUUCUGUAAAUAAUGCUGUCUGGGUGGUUAGGAGAAGCAAGCUGAAAA